AUUUAAAUUUUCAAUAAUGAUUUUAAUAUUUUUGGUAUUGAUACAAAUCUGUAUUCUGAACACUUCCAGCCAGGAACUUGGAAUAUCGCUGCAACGUGGAUUAACAGAAAUAUCAUCGAUACCAAGGAAUAAUAUUGGCUGCAAUUGUCAAAGACCAAAUAAUUUAUAUCCAACAAACGAUUUAGGAUGUCGAUGCCAAGGUUCAAACAAUUUAUUAAUGCCAAAUAUCAAAUGUGGCUGCAGAAAACAAAAUAUAAUAUCGCCAAAUGCAUGUGUGCGCAGGAAAGGUCAAAAUAUUGUACCAUCGAAUAAUAUUGAUUGCAACUGUCAGAAGAAUUUGUUGCCAAGUAACAUAGGAUACGGUUGUCAAGGACUAGUUGGUGGAAUACCACCAAACUAUAUGAAGCGUACAUGCAAAAAACAAAAUACGACGCCAUUAAAUAAUGUUGGCUGCACAUGUCAAAAUAAUUUAAUAUUACCGAAUCAUUGUGGAUGUAAAUGGCAACCAAAUGCAGUGAUGCCAUUAAAUACUAUCAAGUUAGGAUGUCUCUCAAAUAAUAAUGUAAUGCCUGUUAAUAUACAACAUUUUUCAAAAGAUUGUGGAUGCCAAGGAAGGCAAAAAUAUUUAGCACCGUCAAAUAACAUCGGUUGUACAUGCGAUGAACAAAGUAUAAUAAUACCAAAAGCAUGUGGAUGCAAAAGACAGAACAGCUUAACACCAUUUAACAACAUGGGUCGUAUCUACUCCAAAGAAAAUAUGAUACCACCAAAUAAUAAAGGAUCCAUUUACCAGGGACAAACAAAUGUAUUUCCAAUACAAAACAGUAACUCCUUUUUCAAUAUCGAUUUGCCAGUCAAAGAGCAGUCAACUCAAACAAGUAGAGGAAACGAUUUAAUACCUUGGACCAAGUUGUUUGAUUUAAGCACUCGCUUGGAAAACAUAGCUGAGCUGGCAUUGGCUACAACCACUUUACUCACAAAAUUACCAAAAAAAUAUGAUGUUAAUCUUCUCUUCCAUGAAUAACGAUGAAUAAUGUAAGUGACGAUGUGACACUUACUGAUUUGCCAGUCACUGGAAAUGAGGAACAGGUUAAGAAUGUAAGGCCGUGUAACUGUAUCUCGUUAUAAGCCUCUUAGAUUUGAACUUAUAGAUUAACUGUCUUUAUUAAUUUAUUUAUUUAUUAAUAAUUUACAAAUAAACUUAUAAGAAUUA